AUGUAUGGUAGUUCAAAUAAUAAUCAUAUUUUAGGACAACAAUCAUCACAGCCACCACCACCACAUAAUGGUUUACUCUUUAGUAACUUUCAGCAAGAUCAUUUAAUAAAUGGUGGUGGAUCACCAUUAUCUGCAUAUGCUACCAACCAUUUAAUGGGUAUGGGUGGAAAUGGUGUAAGUGGUGGAGGUGGUUCAUCGACAUCGCCUUUAUAUCACAAUAGUUAUCCUCAACAGCAGCAACAGCCACAAUCACAACAACAGCCACAAUCACAACAACAACCACAACAACCAAUUUAUAAUCCAAACAAUGGCCUUUAUGGGUACCCUUCUCAAGUUGGUUAUGAUAUGGUAGGAGUAGAUCAACAAGAUGAAUAUUAUGACGGCACAUGGUUCGAAAUGAGGGUGGUUCCUGAAUAUCCCGCCUCAAAUAUACCGAAUCCUAUUACUUGUUUAAAAUUUGAUCCAUGGGAAGAGUUAUUAUGGAUUGGUUAUCAAAAUGGUAAAAUUUCAUCAUUAAUCAAUCCAACAUUAGAUAGAUUUUCAAGUUUUUUUGUAGAUAAAACAGAGAUUAAAGAUUUAUUAGUAGAUUCAGAAGGUAUUUUAUCAUUAUCAAAGACACUACUCUCAUAUCACAGCCGUGGUGGUGCUCCAAUUUAUCAAGUUAAAAAUGAUAAAAUGAAGGAUUUGAAUGCAAUUUCAUUCACAAAUUAUAAUAAUACAGAGAUUGUUGUGGGUUCUGAUCAAAAUAUACUUUUUGUAGUGGAUUUCUAUACAGGUAAAGUUGUUAAAGAAUUAACAAUGCCAUCAGGUGUCAAGACUAUUAACAAGAAUCGUGGUCUUUGGUGUGGUCAAGUUAAUGGUGAGAUUUCUAUGUUGGAUCCAAGAACUUGGAAAAUUGAACAAUCAUUAUCAGCGCAUAAAGGUGACAUCAAAUCUGUAGAUAUUAAAUUGGAUCUUUUAGUAAGUUGUGGUUGUUCACCAAGAUUAGGUCAGCUCUAUAUUGAUCCUAUAGUCAGAGUUUACGAUAUUAAAACCCUAAGAAGUUUACCACCAAUUCAAUAUAAACGUCCAUCUAUCGUUAAGUUCCACCCAGUUUUUUAUUCAACCAUUGCAGUCAUUAGCGAAUCUUCAAAUCAAAUUUAUCUUACAGAUAUUCAAAGUGAUCAAUCCACAAGCCAAUACUACCAGGUGGAUUCCCUAUUUGGUUAUAUGCAAUCUUUCGAUAUAUCUCAAUCUGGUGAAAUUAUGGCAUUGGGUGAUAGUGGUGGUCUUGUGCAUCAAUGGGCCGAAAAAGAAGACAUUCAUGUUAAUGUAGCUUCAUACCCAACUGAAUGUGUACCAUUUACUCAACUUUCAAGACCUCAAAAAAUGGAUGAAACUUCACCAUUAAGUGAAGUAGUUUUCGAUCAGCAACAACCAAAUGCUUUUAUUAAUGGAUCAGAUCCAUUUUUACUUUCAUUCUGGAAACCAACUCUUUCAUUCCCUGUUGGUUUACCUCCAAGACCAAUAAAUCCCUCAUUAUUGGCUCAUUUAAAACAGCACGAUUUUGUUGGUUACAUUUCAAAUACUGGAAUUUCUAGAAAACAAAUUCGUGGAAAAGCUUAUGAAGACGGUAAAACUAAAGCGUUAAAUUUAACAUUAUCAACAAUGUCACAGCUAAGACCACCAAAAGUAUAUAGAUGGGGUGAAAUGAAAUUCAAGAAAUUUGGUAUUGAAGAUUUUGACAUGAUUCAAUAUAAUAGAACGAAAUUUUCAGGUUUAGAAAAUAUUUUACCAAAUAGUUAUUCAAAUAGUUGUAUACAAAAUCUUUACUUUAUUCCACAAAUUAAAGAAACAAUGUUAAAUCAUUUAUGUACAAGAUAUUAUUGUCUUAGUUGUGAAUUAGGUUUUGUUUUCCAAAUGAUGGAUAAAUCAGCAGGCAAUAUUGUGGACACAAGCAAUUUCAUUAGAGUAUUAAAACAAAUUCCUCAAACCUCAGCUCUUGGUAUAUUUUUAUCAAGUGACCAUCCAGAUAAUGCACAGAUACCACUACCACAACUAAUUGCAAAUUUUAAUAGAUUUAUUUUAGAACAACUUCAAAAAGAAAUGACACCACCAAUACCAACUUAUGAAAAUAAUAAUAAUACCAAUACAAAUAAUAACAACAAUAAUAAUCAAAAUAAUAACCAAAAUAAUCAAAAUAAUAAUGAAAAUAGUUUACAUAAUGAUACAAUUAUUGAUACACUAUUUAGUUCAACUUUAAUAUCAUGUAAUAAAUGUAUAAAUUGUGGUUACCAAUAUGAAAAAAUAUCAAAGCAAUUUCAAUAUGAUAUUAAUUAUCCAUCUACCCCUCAAGAACUUGGUCCCGAUGGUUCAACUUUUAGUAAUAUAUUAAAACAAAGUCUAUGUAAACAAAUUAAAUCUCCAGCAUGGUGUGAUAAGUGUCAAACUUAUUCAUCGACAUACCAAAAAAAGAAUUUAAAAACUUUACCAAAUAUUUUAUGUUUAAAUGCUAAUUGUCUAAAGAAAGAAAAUGAAGAUUAUUGGAAAUUUGAAACAACCAAUAUUAUACCAGGUUCAAAAACAUUUAAAGCUACAGGAUCAACCGUACCAACUUCAUCCUCAACAUCAAAUACUGCACCAACUUCAUUAACAUCCACUCCUUCAGCAACCUCAACUGCAGCUAAUAUUACAGCUCCAUCAUCUUCCUCAAAUUCUACCACUACAACCCCAACAACAUCAUCAACCAAUGUAACUAUAGCCACCAUAACAUCAUCAGCAUUGAAUGCUACUGUAAUUAACCCAAAUGAUGAAAUUACUUGGUUACCAUUAAAAAUUAGAAUUAAAAUCGAUGAAAAUGGUCAAUUGUUAAUCAUAGAGUACCCAAAUAACCCAGAGAAAUCCAAACACACCAUAAACCCAAAAGAUUUAACCGAAGAAAUAAAUGAAGACGGUCAGCUCUAUGAACUCACUUCAUGUAUUUCACAUAUUAAAGAUCAAGUUAAAAGAAUUCCAAAACAAGGUCAUUUAAUUACCCAAAUCAAAGUAUCGGAUUAUUAUGAUAAAGAAUUUAAACCACCAUACCCAACAACCCCAAUAUAUUCAUCAACAGCAUCAUCAAUUAUACAUAGUAUCAAUGGUAAACCAUCAACACCAACAACAACUUCAUCAUCCGUAUCACCAUCAUCAACACCACCUAAAUAUUCAUUAGCCUCCAAUACAACACCAAAUAAUACACCAACUCAUAAUAAUGCACUACCAACAACUCCAACUCCAACUCCAACAACAAAUAACAAUAAUACAAUCGAUCUAACUUGGUUUAAUUUCAACGAUUUUAAAAUUAACCCAUGUACACCAAUUGAUGUUACACAUUUUGACAGUAAUUGGAAAACACCAGCUAUUUUAUAUUAUACAAAAGUUGUACCAAAAGAAAAGAGAUUAUCAAUACCAGAACAUCAACCAACUAUUACAAAGGAAGUAUAUUUACAAAAUAAUAUCAUUACAUGUAAACCACCAAUUAGUUUUGUACCAGCUACACCUUCAACUAUACCAAGAGAAAAUGAUUAUAUAGCAAUCGACACUGAAUUUGUUUCAAUAGGUCCAGAAGAAACCGAGGUAUCAAGUGAUGGUAAAAGAGUUAUUAUCCAACCAGGUAACUUUUCAUUGGCCAGAGUCAGUAUUGUUCGUGAAAACGGUGAACCAUUUAUUGAUGAUUAUAUCCAAUCCAUAGAACCUGUUACAGAUUAUCUCACCCGUUUCUCUGGUAUCAAUCCUGGUGAUUUAGACCCCAAAAUAUCAACAAAAAAUGUAAUCUCAUUAAAGAGUUGCUACCUAAAACUCCGUUAUUUGGUAGAUCAAAAAGUGAAAUUUGUAGGUCAUGGUCUUAAAAAAGAUUUCCGUAUUAUCAACAUAUAUGUCCCACCCGAACAAAUUGUCGACACUGUAGAAUUAUUCCAAUUGAGAAAUCAAAGAAAAUUAUCACUUCGUUUCCUUGCAUAUAUCCUCCUAAAAAUUGAUAUUCAAACUGAAACACAUUGUUCUGUAGAAGAUGCCAAAACUGCUAUGGACCUUUACAAAGCUUAUCUAAUUUUGGUCAAAAACAAAGAAUUUGACGAAACAUUAAAUAAAAUAUAUCAAAUUGGAAGAGGUCUUGGCUUUAGAGUUCCCGAACCAGAUGCUGAUCCUAGUACAUUACCACCUUCAAGUAUAAUGAACAGUUUAAAUUUUAAUUUCGAUUUAAAUAUUACAAUUUCUCAAUUACAACAGCAAAUUAAACAGCAAUAUCAACAAACAACAGCAACAACAACAUCACCUUUAACUCCAAACAAAACUCCUUUUACAACUCCAACAAAAAAUUUUAACGAUAACCAAAAAAAUAAAUAA